AUGGGCAGCAGCAAGUCUGAAGCAGAGUACAAUGCAUUCCUGGAGAAAGUUCAGAGAACAAUCUACAUCGACAACUUAUCUCCCCACGCUACCGAUAAGGUCUUGAAGGCUGCUUUUGACCAGUUCGGGUGUGUGGUCAGUAUUCAAUUCAUCCCGAACUUUUUCGAGCCCAAAAACUUGCCGGUAUCUGCCCUGGUCGAGAUGGAGAGCGCGAAGCAGGCUCAGGGGAUAUUAGCCCAGAUGGAGAACAAUCCAUUCAUGGUUUUGGGCAUGCCCAGGCCCGUCAGGUCCCGGCCCGCUAGGCCCGAGAUGUUUGAAGACCGCCCGAGAAAACCGGGACGGAAGAUUUUCUGCCGUUGGGUUGACCCGAAAGAGCCAGACUUUGAGGUGGCCAAGAAACUGAAGCAUCUUGUGAGGAAACACAGUGCGGAAGCAUCUCUGUUGCUUGAGCAUCAAAUGGCAGAGGAGGAGAAGCUCGCGAAGCAGCAGAGUGAACUAUUGAAAAGCCAAUACAAGAAGUUUGAGCUGCUUGAGAGCGUGUUCAUGGAUGGGACUGCCAAGAAUUUGGCACGUAAAUACGACAUGUCUACAGAUGGCUGA